AUGUCUUUCGGCGGUGGCGGCGGCGGCGGAUUUUCGUUUGGUGCGAGUAACACCAACAAUCAGGGUGGUGGGUUUGGGGGCUUUGGCGCCAGUACGAACAAUAACACAGGAGGCUUCGGUUCGAAUACGAGCAAUUCUGGUGGCUUCGGUUCCAGCACCGCGACCUCGAAUCCGUUCGGGGGCAGCACAUUCGGGUCAAACACAAACCCAGGAGGUACGUGA